UUUAUUGACAUACAUUGCCUCCUUCAUUAUGAGAUCCACUAAUAUUAUACCUUAAUUAUACGUGAGAGCCGGAGAGCCACACCACAGUGGUCUUGUUGAUUCCUUAUUAUAUAGAAAUAGAAAUACGCCUGGUUGUUUAUGGAUGUCUCUCGGUCAUCAUUUUAAAAUACACGUUUCUGAUACAAAAAAACAGAUAAUCAAGUUAGUGUCAGUGCGUCUGAGCUGAAGUAAGAACAGUGUUAAGAGAAUAACAGUCCUGAGUGUGCACGGACCCAGAGCCCAUUUUAGUGGCAGUGACUCCAGUGCAUGUUAUAUCACCACGUCUGACGGGCUUUAUUCACGCUGUUUUCAGUGUCCAGCCUAGCUGUGUCUUCCUGCCCCUUGGUGUAGACCCACCACCCCCUGAAUGCUCCAGGUUUUGCCCCAGCUGAACAGAGCAGUGUGGCGGAUUCGCUGUUUGGGAGCUCACAUCACCAGCAUGGCCCAGAAUGGCAGCGUCUCUUUUGCGGAGGCAGGAGGAACAGCCACAGCUGCAAUCCUCGUCAUCGGCGACGAGAUCCUCAAGGGUCACACCGUGGACACCAACAGUGCCUACUUGUGCCGCGGCCUGCGGAAGCUGGGAGUCACUGUGCAGCGCGUCACCGUGGUGCCGGACGUCCGGGAAGUCAUCGCCGAUGAAGUGGCACGGCUCUCUCGCACUGUCACCCACCUCAUCACGUCGGGAGGCAUCGGUCCUACGCAUGAUGACGUGACCUUCGAGGCGGUUGCCAUGGCGUUCGGCGAGGGCCUGAGCGCCCACCCGGACCUCACACGCUUGCUGGAGGAGCACCUCGGCCCCGCGGGCCCUGCAGGCAGCGCCGCCAAGUUGGCAGUGAUUCCCACCUCCGCCCGCCUGCACUACGGCGCCGACCCGCGCACGGGCCGCCCGCUGCGCUACCCGCUCGUCAGCGUGCGUAAUGUCUACAUCUUCCCCGGGGUGCCCUCGCUGUUGGAGCGGGCCUUCGACGGGCUGAUGCACCUGUUUGACACGGGCACCGCCUUCCACACGCGGCAGGUGUUCGUGGACGCGGACGAGGCGGAGAUCGCGCCCGUGCUCGGCCGGCUACAGGCGCGCUGGGGCCGGCGUGUGGCCCUGGGCUCCUACCCAGACUGGCUGAGCAACUACCACCGCGUGAGGCUGGUGCUGGACUCCGACAGCGCAGAGAAGGUGGAGAGGGCGCGGGCAGAACUGGAGGAGGAGCUGCCCAGGGGCAGCGUGGUGCAUCUCGUCACUGACCCCGUAGCUGUGGCCCCUCAGGACGUCUACACGCUCUCGUGCAGCGGGUCAGCGCUGGGCGAGAAGGUGUCGGCGGCCCUGCGAACCAUCGAGGCGGCAGUGGAGCGGUACUCAGCGUCCAGGAUCUGUGUGGGCUUCAACGGAGGCAAAGACUGCACAGCCCUGCUGCACCUGUACUACGCUGCCCUCAGACGGCGCCAUCCGGACGGCGAGGAGCGAGUGAAAGCUCUUUACAUCCGCAUCCUGUCGCCGUUCCCUGAGGUGGAGAGAUUCCUACAGGACACCAUAAAAAGGUAUGAUCUGGACCUGAUCUCCGUGGAGGGCAGCAUUCGGCAGGCGCUGUCGGAGGUCCAGGAGAGAAGACCUGAACUCUCUGCCGUCCUCAUGGGGACCAGACGCACUGACCCCUACUCCUGCACCCUCACUGCACUCUGCCCCACCGACCCUGGCUGGCCCGACUACAUGAGAGUCAACCCUUUACUGGACUGGACAUAUCAUGACAUCUGGUUGUUCUUGAGGACCCUGUAUGUGCCUUACUGCAUUCUGUAUGAUAAGGGGUACACCUCGCUGGGCAGCCUGGACAACACCUUCAAGAACCCGUCCCUCCAGGUGGUGGACGACAGGGGCGUGACCCGUUACCGGCCCGCCUACCAGCUGGAGAAGGAGGAAGAGGAGCGCAACUCUAGGACGUGACGGGGGAAUCGUGGUCCACACGACCCCUCUGCUCAGGAGGGGAGAGGGAGAGACAGGGAGGAAGGGCAAAUGUAGAGGUCAAACUUCUCAACUCCCUUUAAUGAUAGAGAGAUAAUGUGUGUGUGUGUGUGUGUGUGUGUGUGUGAGUGUGUAUGUGUGUGUGUGAGUGUGUGUGUGUGU